AGACGCUACAUUUUUUAAAAAAAAAACAAACAACCAAAACAAUACAAAAAAAACAAAAAAAAACAGACACAAUCUGUUUUUACACCACGCUAAAGCGCUGCUGCACUCCACUUCCAUUUUGUGCACGUGCCGCUCGGUAUGCUGGCGUUGCUGCACACAGCAUUAUUUAUUUGUAAUUAUUUAUAGAUUGGUUAUUUGUGCACGUUCUGUACUUUUACAUUCACACACGAGCGCACGCACGCACGCACACACACACACACACACAGGGUCUUAUCUUGUCGCGUGGCUUUAGACGUGUGUUGAAUGUAUUUCUUUUUAUUUAUUUAUUUAUUUAUUUAUUUAUUUAUUUAUUGUUUUCUUUCUUUCUUUGUAUCUUUGAUUAAUCCGGGUCGGUCACACUCAGACCAAAAUCUUUUACAUGCGAGUCUUGCUCUAAAAGACAACACAAUAUUCAUUCAGAGACUGGACAUAACAAACAUAAAUAACAAACAUAAAUAACAAACAUAAAUAACUCAUAAAUAAGACAUCUCGUCCAUCCUGGAGUAUCGAGCUACCUUAUUAAAAAAUAUAAUAAUCACAAUAAUAAUAUUCAUAAUAAUACGGAUUCCCGUGCAAUAGUUUAGUUAUGUGCUGCUUGCUUUGAAAAAGAAAAACCCUCUCUCUCUCUCUCUCUCUCUCUCACACACACACACACACACACACACACACACAUACACACACUCUCUCUCUCUCUGUGCUUGUGUUCUUUUCUAACGAGCUGAAACCUUGAUUUAAAAAUCGUAUUGCAUGUUCUGAACUUCUCUCUCUCUCUGUCUCUCUCUCCCUCUCUCUCUCUCUCUCUCUCUCUCUUGCGCGCGCGCUCGUUUCCACUACUCUGACGUCACUAAACGCGAAUUCUGAGCCCGUCGUCUCUCUAAACUACAUAUAGACCGCGAGUUUGAUCAGUUUUGUGCUUUGAGCCAAAUGAUGCCUGCAGUGUAAGACCUUGCAAAAACAAAAACAAAAUCUUGCAUCGAGACAGAAAAAUACCGGGACGAACUGAUGAACUUUUUCAUUCUCACUUCUUCAGUCUCUCGCAGCGCAUUAAAGAGUAAAUCCGCUCAUGUAUAUCUAUCUAUCUAUAUAUAUAUAUAUUCAUGUGACAUUUUAAACACUGGACUAACUCAUUCAGUAUUUACUCUAAAGUGUGUGCGGUGUGACAGGCUGAGUGUGAUUACAUGUUAGUGAUAGAGCUGUGGAUGAAUAUGAAUGACAGCAUGAAGCCUAACUGUACUGCUCUCUCUCUCUCUCUCUCUCUCUCUCUCUCUCGGCUACUUUGGGUUUGUAUUGUAUUAUUAUUAUUAAUAAAUAUAUGAAACCUUGAUAAAUCUCCGCUUAUGCAGCGUUAUUGCGCGUUAGAGCUGAAAUGUCGCUGUGUCUGUAAUAUGAAGUGAACCUGCACAGGACCGGAGAUAUUUAUAUCCAAACAUACAGCGUCAUAUUUAGUGAAUAAAAAGGCAAAAAUCAUUUCUGAAAGUUAUUUAAUUCAGCUUCACGUGGUGAUGUAGGCCUUUAGGCGGGUCAGAUGGAUGUUGCUUUGUAUGUUGUUUGGUUUGCUGAAGAAAUAUCUGUGUGUUUUUUUCUCUCUAACCCCGGGCCGGUACAGUCCCACUCCGACGGCGAGUCUCAGAGGUCGGUGAUGGAGAAAGAGGAGCCGCGCUGCUCCCCCAGUCCUCCGUCCACGCCGUCCAUCUGCUCGCCCACAUCCAGCGCCUCCGCCUCGUCCGUCCCCUCCACCGGCAAGAACGUGUGCGCGAGCUGCGGCCUCGAGAUCCUGGACAGGUACCUGCUCAAGGUGAACAAUCUGAUGUGGCACGUGCGCUGCCUGGAGUGCUCAGUGUGCAGGACGUCACUGCGCCAACACAGCAGCUGCUACAUCAAAAACAAGGAGAUCUUCUGCAAAAUGGAUUAUUUCAGUAGGUUUGGUACUAAGUGUGCCCGCUGUGGGCGCCAGAUCUACGCCAGCGACUGGGUGAGGCGAGCUCGCGGUAACGCUUACCACCUGGCCUGCUUCGCCUGCUUCUCCUGCAAACGGCAGCUUUCCACCGGAGAGGAGUUCGGCCUGGUCGAGGAGAAGGUGCUGUGCAGGAUCCACUACGACACCAUGGUGGAGAACCUGAAGCGGGCUGCUGAGAGCGGAAGUGGCCUGACGCUGGAAGGAGCCGUGCCGUCGGAGCAGGACAGCCAGCCCAAACCGGCUAAACGCGCUCGCACGUCCUUCACCGCUGAGCAGCUGCAGGUGAUGCAGGCUCAGUUCGCGCAGGAUAACAACCCUGAUGCGCAGACGCUGCAGAAGCUUGCGGACAUGACGGGGCUGAGCAGACGAGUCAUACAGGUUUGGUUUCAGAACUGUCGAGCGAGACACAAAAAGCACACGCCGCAGCACGGCGGCCCUCCUCAGGCCCACCCGCAGGCACGCAUGCCCCCGUCGUUGCCUGACGAGCUGCAUUACUCGCCCUUCGGCAGCCCGGAGAGAGCGCGCAUGGUGGCGCUGCGCGGCUACAUCGACAGUCAUCCGUUCUCGGUGCUGACCACACAGAGUCUCCCUCACCAGGCAAUGUCUCUGCCGCAGCUGCCCCUCAGCCGCUAACGACCCCGCCACAUUGACCCCGACCCCUCAACCCUGACCUCCCGCUCCUGACUUCCGUCCGUCCACUCUUCAGAGGUCGCCUCCGGCUGAAGGACAGGGUCACCGUCCCCGCGUGCUCUUGACCUCCGACCUCGCCAGGAGAGGGGGGGCUGUUUCCUCCUGCUUUUCAGUGGACAGGAUUUUCCUCACCUGCAGGCGAGUCUCACACACCUGUGAGCCGUUAGCGUCGGCCCGGGACCUCGUUAACGAGAACCGGGACCAGGAUUUGGACCUCGAAUGCACGCACUGAAGAGCGGUUUGACCGCUCGAAACAUUCCCGGUUCUUACUGCAGGAUUAAAACGCGAUAAAGACGUGAGACCCACGGAGCGAGACGUGGGACGUAGCGGGAAGGUUCCGUCUCUCGCUCUGAGAAAAAAAAAAAAAAAUUUGAGAAAAACAAAAACAAUAACAGAAACAAAAUAAAUAAAUAAAACCGAUCAGUGGUGAUUUGUCGAGUAUGGCGCUGGAUCUGUGCGUUUGUUCCCGAGUGUUUACAUGGAUCUACAGCACAGACUGCACGUGCCACCUCUCUCUCUCCCUCUCUCUCUCUCGUUCUCUCUCUCUGUGUCUCACUCCUUCGGAUGGAUUUAUCAGCGAAAAGCCACUUUCAUCGCCUGCGAACAUCUGCGUCUCUGCUCCGUCAGGCAUACAAAAACCCACGGAGCCUGAUUACUGCCCGGAGACGGCGGCUGAGCUGAACGGCUUCGCAAAACACACAUCUCGUAUCGCCGUCCUGACCGAGGACGGGCGAUACGAUGUGGAGGGGGAAAAUAUCUCAAUACUUGAAGACGCUUUUCAGAGUAAACAAAGAUGCAUCAUCGUAUGUAGAGGUUGAAGUGAACUGCAGUGCCACAGGAUGGAAAAACUAGUCGAAUUAUUUAAAAAAUGGUAUUAAAUUGGUAUAGAAUAGCAAUCUUACUUGUUACUGUAAGUAAUACUGGAGUCAGUCAGUGUUAUAAAAACUCACCAUACUCACAAUAUCUAAGAAGAAGAAGAAAAAAAAACAACAACCCAUACUUCCCUGAUUGCAACAUG